CAGGAAGUGAUUGUGAAAAAGGUGUUGAGCAGAAAGGACAGAAGAUGCUGAGAGUGGAGCUUUAUGAUCACCAGACAGAUCUGAGCGCUGGGGCCAUUUCCUGUUAGCAAAGGGGCUUCUGUACACUGACAAAUGUGCAAAGGUAGAGUGCUACACAUCUUUUUUUAGUGAAGCUCGGCAACAAGCAUUUAAGACCUCCAGGUACACUUCUGGAUUCUCAGGCAAUAUAAUGGUAGUGUUCAAGAAGGAUUCGCUGCUGUGCCUGGCCUUACUGGUUUCUUCUGCUGGGGCCACAAAUUUCAGUGACCCCAUCAUCUGCUAUGUGCUGGAUGCAGUUCUGCUCUUCUACUGCAUCAUUUUCACUGCACUGUAUUUUAAACUCAAGUUUCAAACGACCUUUGCCCGGGAACCUACUAACAAUGGUCAGGAAGCAAAACAGGAGAGGAUAUAUGAGCAACCGUUAAGAGCCACAGAAGAUCAUUAUGAAGAUUUCCGCCUAAAAAAACAGGCACCGUCCAAUAACGACCCUCAGAGCGCAACCCAGCCUCGGAAAAAAAAGAACAAAACCAAACAUUCUCACAGUAAGAGCAAUGCAGCAGAAACCAUUGAGCUGACAUCUGUCCCUGCUUUACCAGCACGCGAAUGAGCCUGUACACGGAGGGCUGGUUUAAACUCCUUAAUGAUUUUUUUUUUCCUUCCUCCACUUUCUCAGAACAUCUGCUCAUUUAACUGGGCAUCUGUACAUUUUUGCACAUUUCACCCAGUGGAAAAGUCUAAAGCCUACUGCUAAUAUGUGCAAUUUGCCUAUUUGCUUGCAUAAUAACUCUUAAUUUAAGUAGCUUUUAACUAAUUGCAGAAUUAAUUUAAUUUACUCUCCAGUGUUGUUGAAUUCUCAUAUCUGAUUGGUCAGAAGGUGUUGAUCAAUUUUCUAAUAACAGCACAGCUUUGGAAGAAGCACAGACUGAAAAACAUAUUAUAGGUUUAUAUUAAUAUGUUAUUGUGUCUGUAAAAACAGUUCAUUUUCAGGGAUGCGUAGCGUACGACAGACUUUCCACACAACAACCCACAAGUACGAAGCCUGAUAAUAAAACAAUUGAAAAAAUGUGGUGUUAUAAGAAAUAAUUGAUUAUGACGUGAAGUUUUCUGCAAAGGAGACAUUUAACAUUUAUGGAAGGAGUCUUUAUGAAAUUUCUGCCACGAGUCAUUAAAAAAGCUGUAUUUUCUGGUUUGUUGGUAACCUAUAACCAGUUUUCCUAUUUGUUUUCUCCCCUUUUUUUUUUUAUUGUCGUCUUAUUUAUUUCAAGAAUUUAAUGUUAUUUCAACAUUUCUAGCUGUUUAUAAUGAAAUGAUAAAAAGAUAGAAAAUUAUUUCAGGGCUUCUAUAAACAUAUAAUUAUAAAUGAUCACAUGCAGCUAUGUAAAUGUAAUGGUUAAAGAGUAUGACAUGUUCAUGAAUAAGUGUGUAAAGAACGAACAAUAUCAGGCUGUGCUGUCGUUUGCCGUGGUCAAUUUAAGUAGUAACAUUUCCACUUUUUUUCUGGCACUUCUUUUCCUCUUCACCAUGGAUUACAUACAGUAUAUGGGACAGAUGUAUGUAAGGUUUUUUUUUUUAAUGACAGUGUUUUUAUAGGAAAUGAAUCAAAAGCAGAAUGGUGGUAUAUAAGGAUCAGAGAAUAUCACUAUAGUUACAUGGAUGGUUUCAUGGUGGAGAAGAGAGAGGACAAAAGGGUUUCCAGGAAGAAAAUGAGAAUGUUAUUGCUUAAAUUAAUCAUAGUACUGGAAAAUGUUACAAUUAUGAAAUGAUGAUAAAAUAUAAAUGAUCUGUUUAAUCUAACCCUGUCAGAAAUUGUAGCCCAGACUAAUUUUUAUAAAGAAAUACUCCAUGAUCAUGAUAUUUUGUGCCUACCUUUGUGCUUCUGUGGUCAUUUUGAUGGUAAGAAGAUUAUUAAGUCUAUUGUAAUGAUUAAAAAGAAAGCUGAUCUUGUAUCGCCUGCGCAUAUUUAACAUAAAGUAUCAUUUAAAAAUGGAAGAAACAGCUUCUUAUGCCAAAGCAUGAAAGGCAUGUUAUGCUCUUCUUUUGCAUAUUAAGCACAGUAGAGCCCAGUAGAGCUCAGAACAGGAGUGAUGUGCUCCAAACUAAUGCAGUAAACUGGGAAGAAAGGUUUCAUUUAUCUCAGCUGAGUAAUAAGCGUCUGUCCAUCCACCACAUUACAGUUUUUUUGUUUUUUUACAUAUCCAGUGCAAGCUAUAUACAAUUUUUCCAUGCAAAAAAAGUUAAGCCUAAUUGGAAAUAAUAGGCUAUAUUUUGCUAAUAAACACAUUUAUUCCUA